CUCCUCGACCGCUACGACCCGCUCCUGUUCGGCCUCAUCUACGAGCAGAUCGAGGCCAAGGUGACGGGCGACGCCCAGGGCGCCUACACGCACAAGCAGCUCGAGCCGCUCCUCAAGUGGCUCAACGGCGUCGGCAUUUACGACUUUGGCUCCGAGGGCAACGUCGGCCACGAGGAAGCGCGCAAGUUCCUCAAGCCGACUCUGAGCCGGUUCGAGUACCACGUGCACAAGGUCCUGUGUCAGCUCAGGACGACCGAGAUGUUCGACAUGAUCCUCGCGUUCCCGGCCUCGCAACCUGCCCUCGAGGAUCUCAAGACCUGCCUCCUCAAGACCGAGCAGCGCACGCUCUUCGUCACCCGACUGCGCGAGCAGCUCUCGCGCCGGCUCCUUCACCCGGGCGCCGACACCGAGACGAUCAUCACGACCUACAUCGCCACGAUCCGGUGCCUGCGCGUCGUCGAUCCGCCGGGCGUCCUCCUCAGCCGGGUCGCCGAGCCCAUCCGGCAGUGUCUGCGGUCCGUUCCUGACACGAUCCGGUGCAUCGUGCAGAGCCUGAUCGAGCCGGGCAACCCGCUCUUCGAGGAGCUCGUCAACAGCAGCGCCCGCCUCGUCAGCGACGCCCGAGACGAGGCCGAGAACUUCAACGACCCCAAGUGGACGCCUGAUCCUGUCGAUGCACCUGAUCAUUUCCGCAAGGGCAAAGGCGCCGACGUCAUCCAGCUCCUCGUCAGCAUCUACGAUACCAAGGACGUCUUCGUCAAGGAGCUCCAGGUCCUGCUCGCUCAGCGUCUGCUCGCCAUCCGCGACUACGCGCUCGAGGCCGAGGUCAGGAACGUCGAGACGCUCAAGGGCAGGUUCGGCGAGCAGGCGCUGCAGGGCUGCGACGUCAUGAUCAAGGACCUGCAGGACUCGAGGCGCAUCGACGAGGCCGUGCACCAGCAGAUCCCGGACGUUCCGCUGCACGCGACGGUCGUCUCGCGCCUGUUCUGGCCGUCCUUCCAGCCGGCGCCGCUCAAGCUCCCCGGGCAAAUUGGCCGCGCUCAAGCCGCCUACGACCGCACGUUCGCGACCGCCAAGCGCGACAAGAAGCUGCGCUGGCUGCCGCAGCUCGGGUCGGUCAACCUCACGCUCGACCUGCGCGACCGCUCGAUCACGGUCGACGCGACGCCGCUUCAGGCCGCCAUCAUCGAGCUCUUCUCGUCGCAAGAUACUUGGUCGCCCGACGCUCUCGUCACCGAGCUGCGUGGGCCCGACGCCGGCACGGUGCGCAACGCGCUCUACUUCUGGAACAACCUCGGCGUCCUGCGGUCGCUCCCGGACGACGACUUGUGGCGGCUCGUCGAGGUGGUCGAUGAGCGUGCGGGCGGCGCGACCGAGGGUGCGGCGCACGGUGCGUCCCUGUCCUUCUUCUCCUUGGUGCGCGGCAGAGGACGAGAGCUUACCGAGCGGGCAUGCGCGCAGUCAUCGAGGAGGAGAAGGAGGCGGUGCAGAGUGUCGAGGCGCAGCGGGUCGAGCAGGUGCGCCCAUGGCUCUCUCUCUAUCUUCCUCUCGCUCUCGGUCGAGUAG